AUGGCUCAGGAAGUAUUUGUUCCUCAAGAUGGUAAAUUGGUUACCUGGUAUAGUUGUGGACCAACUGUGUAUGAUGUAUCUCAUAUGGGUCAUGCUAGAUCCUACAUAUCAUUUGAUAUAUUGAGAAGAGUAAUCAGUAAUUAUUUUGGUUAUGAUGUAUUUUAUUGUAUGAAUAUCACUGAUAUUGAUGAUAAGAUCAUUGUAAGAGCUAGACAGCGUUACCUUCUAGAACAAUAUAAACUUGAAGCUCGUACACCAGAAGUGAUUUUAAGCGAUACUCAGGAAGCAAUGAAGAUAUUUUUGAAGAAAUUAGAAACAGAGGAAGACCCAGACAAAAAAGCCAUGAUGGAUAGAAUGAACAUCAGCAUUACUGCAGCCAUUAAAAAUUUAGAGCAGAAAUUGGCAUCUGGUACCAACAAAAAUGACGUGGAAAUUGCAAAGGAGCGACUUUUUGAAGAUGGUAAAGACAUUCUGGGAAAAUGGUUAGAUACGUUAAAAGGCUCAGAAGUGAAAGAUAAUUCCAUAUUUCAACAAUUACCUAGACAAUUUGAAGAACUGUAUCAUAAAGAUAUGAAAGCUCUUAAUGUUCUACCACCUGAUGUUUUAACUAGAGUAAGUGAAUAUAUACCAGAAAAUGUUGAAUAUGUUGAGAAAAUCAUCAAAAAUGGAUAUGCAUAUGAAUCAAAUGGCUCAGUAUAUUUUGAAACCAGUAAAUUUGAUCAAAAGGAUGGACACCAUUAUGCCAAAUUAGUACCAGAAGCUUAUGGUGAUGAUAAAGCGUUGGCUGAAGGAGAAGGUGAAUUAGCUAGUGAAGGUGAAAAAAAGAAUGCUAGUGAUUUUGCUUUAUGGAAGGCAUCAAAACCUGGAGAACCAGCUUGGGAUUCACCUUGGGGAAAGGGUCGACCAGGAUGGCAUUUAGAAUGUUCUGUAAUGGCCAGUUGUAUAUUAGGACAAUCAAUGGAUAUACAUAGUGGUGGAUGUGAUUUAAAAUUUCCACAUCAUGAUAAUGAAAUAGCACAAUCAGAGGCCUAUUAUGAUAAUGAUAAUUGGGUGCGAUAUUUUCUUCACACCGGUCACUUGACUAUAGAAGGAUGUAAGAUGUCCAAAUCUUUGAAGAACUUCAUUACCAUCCAAGAUGCUCUUCAGACCUACACUUCCAGACAAAUACGAUUCCUCUAUUUAUUACAUUCCUGGAAGGACACAUUAGAUUAUGGUAAACCAACUAUGGAGAUGGCAGUCCAAUAUGAGAAAACUGUUAAUGAAUUUUUCUUCAAUGUGAAAGAUGUUUUAAGAAAUACACCAAGUGUAGGUGUUGAGGGAUUUGACAAAUGGACUCAAGAUGAAGUAGAAUUGAACAAAAAGUAUUUAGAAACAAAAGCUGCAGUUCAUGAAGCUCUUUGUGAUUCAGUAGACACUAAGACUGCUUUAAAAUUGAUAAAAGAUCUGAUAUCUGUAACCCAUGUUUAUCUUAAUAAAAAAGAUAAUGACAAGUCCAGACCAAAUAGACGAGUAAUAUUCUAUAUUGCUUCCUACAUUACUGAAAUAUUAAAGGUAUUUGGUACAAUAGAAGAUGAUGAAUCUGUAGGAUUUCCACAAGGCUCUGAUCUGACAACAAAUAUUGAGGAGAUGGUCAUGCCAUAUUUAACAGCUAUGGGAGAUUUUAGAGAGAAAGUCAGACAGUCGGCUAGAUCUGCUGUCUCACAAGGAAAAGACAUGUUAAAAGCUUGUAGUGAUGGAAUUAAAGAUAAAGGUUCAAUGACAGUUAAUGAAAUAUUAAAACUAUGUGAUGAUGUACGAGAUGUAGUGUUGCCAGAGUUGGGUGUCAGAUUAGAAGAUAAAGAAGGGAGACAACCUGUGAUUAAAUUAGUCGAUAAAGAAACCUUACGUAAAGAACGAGAGGAAAUUUUAAAGGCAGAAGAAUUAAAAAGAUUAGAGAAAGAAAAGAAGGCUGCUGCACAGGCUGAGAAAGACAAACAGAAAUCUAUUCCACCAUCACAAUUAUUUCUACAUGAAAUUGAUAAAUAUUCUGCUUUUGAUGAAAAGGGAAUGCCAACUCAUGACAAAGCAGGAGAACCACUUAGUAAAUCAGCUCUAAAGAAACUCACCAAACUAUAUGAUGCUCAAGAUAAGAAAUAUCAAGAUUAUUUGAAAUCUCAAAAACAAUAAACUUAUUGUACCACGAAUGACCACAAAUAUUUUAA